AUGGAGUCUGUUGGUUCAAGUAAUAAGAAGCAUAAGGCAAACGAGGAUAUAAUCAGCAAUCUACCUGAUUCACUUAUAACUUACAUUCUGUCUUGUGUCCCUACGAAAGACGCUGCUCGUACAAGUGUGUUAUCUAAACGAUGGAUAGAUUGUUGGACUUUCGUCACCAAGGUGAACUUAGAUGAUAGUAUGUUCUUUAAACACAAGAAGAAGAAAUCAGGUGGAAAACGGUACUUUAUAAACUUUGUCAAUAGAGCACUUCAUCUUACUAAAAGUAACACUGCUGAAAGUUUUUCUCUUGUUAUCACUAACAAGUAUGAUAUUUCCCUUCUAAAUACAUGGAUCUCUGGCAUCUUGAAACGAAAUGUAAAAAAGCUUUCUAUCACUACAUAUUUAGAGCUACCCUUCUCUGCUUAUACAUCACAUAUUCUUUUUAAUUACUCUUAUAAGUUAGAAGAAUUGGUUCUUGAGAUGCGUUGUUGUUCUAUCAAAGUUCCUCCCUGCAGUUCUUAUGAUACUUGUAGUUUUGGAAGCCUAAAUGUUAUCAAGUUGUGUGGAAUUAUGUUCACCAUGGAUGAAUCUCUAGGUAUUCUUUUCCGAACACUGAAAAAGUUUGAGAUGAAAAACUGUUCUUGGUUGAGUACAGAUGAUGUCACUUUAGAACUAAAUGCUCCUCUACUUGAAAGUGUUUUAAUAAAUCAACAAUUUAGAUCGGUAAAUCGUGAGACACGUAGCUGCAAAAUCAAGUUUUCUGCUUCGUGUAUGAAAGAAUUCACUUAUCGUGGCUAUGGGAUGUCACAAGCUAUUAUUCUGUCAGAUCCAUCAGCAGCUCGUAAUGCUUCUGCUAAAAUCACUUUGGAUAAGGAAUAUGGUAAUAGUGUUCAAGAGACUCAAUCUUGUGCUUCUCUACUUCUCAAACAAUUCAGUCAAGUGAAGUGUAUCCAAUUUUAUGGAUUGGAGGUUUUGACAAAACAAAAUGUGGCUGUUCUACCUAAAUUUGCAAUGUUGAGCCAUUUGGAUCUUGGCUAUAUUACUGGUGAAGUUUGGUUUGGUUUACUUCACAAGACUCCUGUUCUCAAUACUCUAGUUUUCAAGAGAAUAUUCGAAUUCAACCAAGAGCUUCUGAAUUCUGCUGAUGUUCCUGAUUGUUUGGCCUCCAGUCUCCAAGUUGUGAAAUUCGGAACUUUCCAUGGAUUAGAGGAUGCGUUGUUUUUGGCUAAUAUUUUUCUAGAAAAUGGUAUGGUGCUUGAGAGGAUGAGUUUCUCCUUUUAUGAUGAGAGGAGUAAAUCCACUGUGAUUGAAGAAUUUAAGGAGAAGCUGUACUCAUUCAAGAAAGGAGUCUCUUUUGCCAUACUUGAUGAUAAUUUGUACUCAUAUGAUUAUUAUCGUUAG